AUUUAGGCCUUAACGCAAAAACAAAACAACUGGUUACACUGCAAUUUUUGGCAAUAAAUAAAGAGUAAGUAAGUUAAGCAAAACAAAGCGCCCUCUGGCAAUAACUUCCCCCAAACCAGUAAGUUAGUCUCCAACUAGAACAAUGGUGUGCGUGCCCUGUUUCAUCAUUCCACUGCUGCUGUACAUUUGGCACAAGUUCGUCCAGCCGAUCCUGCUGCGCUACUGGAAUCCCUGGGCGAAGAAGGACGCCGAGGGCAAUGUGAUCAAUAAGGCGCCCGACUUCCCCUUCGAGUGCAAGGGCGGCGUUUGCCCCUUCGUGCCGGGGGCCAAGAAAACCCCGACGAGCGCCAGUGAUGGGGAUGCCACGGAUGCUAAGGAACCCAAAGAGUCCACCGCAUCCGAAAAUCCUCACGUGACGGAGGCGGCGGCGGUGGCGGCGGAAGCCAAGAAGGAUAUCUAGUCGAAAUGUUCCAAAUACUAUAACUAUAACUUUUUUUUUGACCUUGUUCAUAAGCCUAGAAAAAUGACGCACACUACACACAAAGAAAAACAACACCAAUGCAACAUGCGAUGUGUGGUGGACGGCGGUCGGUUGUGGGCGUGGCCGCUGGGGAGCACCAAGAAUGCCCAUCGAGUAAUUAACUUUAAUUAAAUGUACACCUUGACCACGCGAAAAA